CUGACCGAGUAAACCUGCCAGAGUACUCUUGCUGCUCCAGUCCAGAAACAUGAAGCUAUUCAUUUAUUUGGCAUUUUGCUUCCUCUUUCUUUUGGGCUUUAGAGACAAUGUGAUAGCAGUACUCAGUACAGGUUUCCACUUCGAUUCGGGGGUUCUGUAUGAGUAUGAAUACAGCACAUCUAUGGUGGUGGCUCCCAUCUCUGUGGAUUUUGAAGAAGUAACUUCAUUCACUAUGCUAGCAGUCAUACACAUCCAUUCAUUAUGGAGGAACAGCAACCAAGAGCAACUUCUGCACAUACACGUUCAAAAUCUUAAACUUACACCUAAUUCAAGUGACUCAACCAGUAAACCCUAUGACCUUGGUGACCUAAUGAGUCACUCUCAACAUUUUACGGAACCAUUUUUUGUGCAUAUCCAGUUAGGGAAGAUUAAAGGAGUUUUUGAUGUUUCUUCGAACAACACAGUAAGCUUGAAUUUCAAGAAAGGCUUGGCAUCACUGCUCCAAAUUCAAGUUGCAUCUGGGACCAUUACAGAAGAUGACACAACAGGACAGUGCCAGAUCUCAUAUCACAUGUUAGGGGAUGAUGUCAUCAAAAUCAAACGUCAUGAAAACUGUGAAAAGAGAAUGAACGAUGGAAUAAUGUUUGCUAACCAGUUCUUUAGGGUAAGUUCAGGCGGGAGUUCUGAAACAGUUUUCACCAUGGAUGGUAGGCACAUAAAAUCAGUCGUUUCGGAUGAAAUACGCUCACUGGUUUUAGAUGAAUAUCCCACAGUUGGAAUCCACAUUUCUUCAAGGCAGUUUUUGCAGCUCUUGUCAUCACACUCUGAUGCUAAUGAGGCACAGGGAGCACUGCAGGAUGUGCUUGGGUCUCUCCAGGCAGGAUAUGUGAAUCAUACUAUUCAUGCAAUACCUGCUGUCAGACAACCUGCCACCAACAGAUAUUCAGUCCCUAAAAUUCUAGCUCAUUUAAAAGCAAAAGGGUUGCACACUCAGUCAGCAACAGUGAAAAUGUUUCUCCAGCUAUCAGAAUCCCUGCGCAAUCUGGAAAUGGCUGAAAUUAAAACAAUUUUUAAAAAGGCAGAUGCCAAAUUUGUUCCUAUUCUGAUAGAUGCAGCUGCAGCAGCCUCUACACCCGCUUCACUGGAGGCCAUUGUCUCUUUUAUUGACAUCACAAAUCCAAAGAUAUCACCACUGCUGGAGAAGUUCCUCUACGCCUGCGCAUUCUCCUCUCAGCCGUCCACUCAUUUAAUUAAUAUCAUCACUCGCAUCCUUACACACACAUCUGCACGGUGGGAGACACAUGAAAUUGCUCUUAUCGCUCUUGGCACAGUAAUAAGGAAAAUGUGUUCUGCAGACAUGUGCCAUCUUCAGGAAGUUAAACAUGUGAAGAGCCUUAUUGUAAAUGGACUGAUGACAUCCACUGAAGAGAGAGAGAUGAAGUCAUAUCUCCUAGCCCUGAAAAGUGCUCGUCUUCCAGAGACAGUAUCUGUCCUUCUACAGUAUAUUGAUCACUCCAAUUCUCUGUCAAGCAUUGUGUUCUCAGCAUUGCAGGACUUUCCAUCUCAAUAUAUCACAAAAGAGGUUAAAGACCAUGCCAGAGACAUAUUUACCCGAAGAAAGACGUCUUUUUCUGCUCCUGUACGUCUGGAUGCUGCCCAGCUCUUGCUUAAGUAUGAUCCUCUGGACACAGAUGUCCGAGAGAUAAUCCUGAAAAUUGCAGAUGAAAAGCCUGAGGUUGCCAAAUUUCUUACCUCCAAAAUUAUGAGCAUGUUACAGUCAGAUUCUCAGGCCAGAAAGGUCAUUCGUAAUGUGUUGAAAGAUCCAAAGCUAAAUAAUUAUUUCCAUCUUGCACGACUUGGUUGUUCCUCAUCAUACACUGGACUGAUGACAGAGAACAAAGACAUGGUUGCAUCAUAUGACUUUGAAUUUCUCUUCUCUGAGGGUGGAGCUCUAAAAAAAAGUAACAGUCAUUUCUUUGCCCAAACCAGAGGAAGAAAAUUGCAUUUACUGCAGGUUUCUCUAGAAACAAGUGGUCUUGAUUCUUUAUUUGGGGCUGAAGCAAAGGGAGCAGAAGAGGAAGAGCUAAUGGCAGGAAUGUCAGCCAUGUUUCUGGGAGAGCAGAUCCAGCCCACUGUCUUCUUCCGGGGAUAUUCAGACUUGAUGAGCAAGUACUUCUCAGCAGGUGACGGACCAAUGAACAUUAUCUCUGGGAAUAUUCUUGUUCUUGAUCACAGACAGAGUCUAAUUCUCCAGUCUGGAAUACAAGCUCAGGGGAUUUUUUAUGGAGGUCUUUCUGUUGAUGUAUCAGCUGAUUUGGCAUUCAGCUUAUUCACUCAGGAAUCAAAAACCACUGUCAAUAACAAGUUCUCACUGAUUGUCAGCACCAGGGCAGAAGUGGAUGCUCUACUCAUGAGCACUACGGCUAAGUCUGUGGUGAAGAUGGACCCUUCUGUCAGCUUUGUCACCACUGUCAACUUCUAUAACACGCCUGCACAAUACUGUUUGCAGCUUAUCAGAGAGCCUCUGGUUUACAGAGAGAAAGUGUCUACCCAAGUAAACAUUCAAAACAGAAGGAAACUUGUUCAACAAAGUAAACAGAAAUGGACUCUUUCAGGAGAAGAGACAGCACUCCACAGGGACAAUUCAAAAAUGUGUAAAAGUGUGCUUUAAUUUUAAUUUAAAAUUCAUUGAGACUCUUAUUUGUUAAGUAUAACAGGUGGAACACAUUGUACCCAUAGGCAUUAUUUACAGGUGGGAUGCUGGGUUGCCACUCCCAGUAACCAAAACCAUUGCAUUGGCCAUUACAACUUCCAAAAAAUUUCAUAUCAUAAUGAAGGAUUAAAAUAAAAC